CAGCUCCACCUGCCCCUCCUCACCAGGAAUGGAGGAGUUCUGAGAUGUAGAGGGGAUCUAAGGAGCUCUUUCAGUUCAGCUGCAGACAAAAAGGGGAUCACAAUGCCGAGAGACUAAGAAAUGGAUUCUGCGCUUUCAUUUGUCGUCAGUCUUGGAUGGAUCUUUCAGAGAUGAAACAAGUAUCAGAGACUCUGACUACAUGGUACUUUGCACAUUGAGGAAUACUUAAACAUCAUCCUCAGUUCCACUUCUUUACUGAUCUGUCCCAAAAGUGGAGAAGAAAAGUCUUCAUUACCUCUGAGGGACCCUUGGCACCACGGACAGGUGGAGCCAAACCCCAGUGCCACAAACUCAGGGAGGAUGAGGAACAGCAUCUAGUGGAUAUUUGUUUCCUCUCUCAGAACAAAGUGUGCUCGUGAGGUAUCAAGACACUGUUUUGGGAUAAAGGGGAGAAAAAAGACCAAAAGAAAGAAAAUGCCUUUUGGCUUAGCAAGUUUGAAAGAGCAGGUGUUUAAACCUGGGAAGGAGGAAGUGAAGAACACAGUGGGAGACUCUAUGGGAAAACUGCAAAGGAAAAUAGAUGGCAGUAACGUGGAGGAAGAAGACACCAUUGAGCUGACGGAAGAUGGUCGUCCGGUGGCAUCGACGCAGCGCUCUCCCCCGCUGCUGGACUGCAGCUGUGGCGGCCUGCCCAAGCGGUACAUCAUCGCCAUCCUCAGCGGUCUGGGCUUCUGCAUCUCCUUCGGCAUUCGAUGUAAUCUUGGUGUGGCCAUUGUGGAGAUGGUGAACAACAACACCGUCUAUAUUAAUGGGACUCCGGUGCUUCAGAAAGCUCAGUUUAAUUGGGACCCAGAGACAGUGGGGCUGAUCCACGGCUCCUUCUUCUGGGGCUACAUCGUCACUCAGAUCCCUGGUGGUUUCAUCUCCAAUAAGCUGUUUGCCAACAGGGUGUUUGGUGCUGCCAUCUUCCUGACAUCAGUGCUGAAUAUGUUCAUCCCAUCAGCGGCGAGGGUCCACUACGGCUGUGUCAUGUUUGUUCGCAUCCUGCAGGGCUUAGUGGAGGGUGUCACCUACCCAGCGUGUCAUGGGAUGUGGUCCAAAUGGGCGCCACCUCUUGAACGGAGUCGACUGGCCACCACAUCCUUCUGUGGAUCCUACGCAGGAGCAGUGAUCGCCAUGCCUUUAGCUGGAAUCCUCGUACAGUACGUCGGCUGGUCUUCGGUCUUCUAUAUUUAUGGUGUUUUUGGGAUCAUAUGGUAUGUCCUGUGGCUCCUGCUGGCAUAUGGAAGUCCUGCUGAACAUCCCACAAUCACGGACGAGGAGAGGAUGUACAUCGAGUCCACCAUCGGUGAAACAAUCAACCAGCUAAGUGCAACUGAGAAAUUUAAGACUCCAUGGCGACGUUUCUUCACCUCCAUGCCCGUCUAUGCGAUCAUUGUGGCCAACUUCUGCCGCAGCUGGACCUUCUACCUUCUGCUCAUCAGCCAACCGGCGUAUUUUGAGGAAGUGUUUGGUUUCCCCAUCAGCAAGGUGGGGAUCCUGUCUGCUGUCCCUCACAUGGUGAUGACAAUUGUAGUUCCUAUCGGCGGACAGCUGGCCGACUUUUUACGCAGCAACAAAAUCAUGUCAACCACAAAUGUGAGGAAACUCAUGAACUGUGGAGGAUUUGGCAUGGAGGCGACUCUGCUGUUGGUUGUUGGGUUUUCUCACACUCGAGGGGUCGCCAUUUCCUUCCUUGUGCUGGCUGUAGGCUUCAGCGGAUUUGCCAUCUCAGGGUUCAACGUCAAUCAUCUGGAUAUUGCUCCUCGCUAUGCCAGCAUCCUGAUGGGGAUUUCUAACGGUGUGGGAACGCUGUCUGGAAUGGUGUGUCCCCUAAUUGUUGGAGCUUUGACUAAACACAAGACUCGUCUGGAGUGGCAGAAUGUCUUUGUUAUCGCGGCCAUGGUGCAUUACUCAGGGGUCAUCUUCUACGCUCUCUUUGCUUCGGGAGAGCAGCAGGAUUGGGCCAACCCCGAAAGCACGAGCGAGGAUAAAUGUGGCAUUAUUGAUGAGGACGAGCUGGCUGAGGAGUCAGAGCUCAACAGCGAGAGCAUGAUUGCUCCCAAGAAGAGCUACGGAACAACGGACAAUUCAUCCGGCCGAAACCAAGGCUGGAAACAGAAGAGAGGGGUGACCAUGCAAGAGGAGGAGGAGCAUUACGGGAAUGGGGACUACCAGGAUCGGUACCAGUGAGACGCCCAGCGGGCCAAAGGACUUUCUGCCUAUUCAGACAUGGUCAAAGCUGAAGGUUUGAAUUCACUCCUGCGGAAAGUUCAGAAACAAAGAAAUGACAGGAGCAGCAGCAUCAUAUGUACCUCAAGAUGGUCCUUUUUCAUUUUUGGUCAUUGCACACAUUUAACUGUGAUGUAUGAAAAAAAUCUAUGUUUAGUUAAGCAUAAUUUUAUUAGAAUCCCAACAGAGAAAAACAAGAAAGAAUGUACCGACAACAAGUAGACGAUAUAAUCAGAAACAAGUGUAAUCUAUGCUCACGUGUACUGUAUGCUAGUAGUAAUCCAAUGGAAACCACAGAACAACAUUUAUGGACCAACUAGUCUUGUAUCACAUAUCAACUUCCAAACUAGACUUGACUUUUCCUGUAGAUCAUCCUGUUCUGUCCAUCUGUACAAGCAAACAAUGACUGAACUUUUGUUAGCUUACUGUGAUCCGUGUGAACACUUCAUGAACGUUUUGUGUCAGCUAUGCAACGUGAAAAGAGACUGGAAUGUAAUAAUGGGUUUGACAGCAGACCACAGUGUUAAUGUAAUGAGGUUUAUUAUGUUUUUUUUUUUUGCUUAUAAGUAUUUGCUGUUGCUGAAUGAUUGCAUUCUGUCACCGCUUCACUCGCUCUCCUCGUCUGAGCAGGUCUUAGUUCACCAUCUGUUUGUGCUACACCUCUUAUAUCAGCUUCAUUAUUUAUAGAGCUUUGAGCUCAUAAUGGGACAAAAUGGAUAGUGAGUUCAGUUUUGGAGCAUUUAGUGUAACUCUAUUUAUUCUCCUGGUGUUUGGCUUUAUUGCAAUUUCUCAGUGUUGGCUACAUGGAGACCCAGUUUAAUUCUUCAAAUAAGGUGCAGUAAAGUUUCACUUUGAUCAUAAGAUAUCAUAAGGAAUCGACACUAACUGAGUAUUACUGUGUAAAAAAGAGAACAUCAAUUUUGUACAGUAAAUUAUUAUUGUUUGAAAGAGCAUUGAUUUGAUUUGCAAAUGAACACAUUAGACAUGUAAUAAAAUACAUUUCUAUUCAGUA